UGGCGCGGGGGCCGCUCCUCGCGCGCUCAAGAUGGCGGAGGCGGCGAACUGCAUCAUGGAGACGUUUGUUGCCACCCUGGCAAACGGGAUGAGCCUCCAGACACCGCGAGAUGAUGUUUCGUGCCCCCCCGGAGAGAGCAGCGCGAAGCCCUCGGCCGAGGAGAUGACGUCUAAGGAUUAUUACUUCGAUUCCUACGCCCACUUUGGCAUCCAUGAGGAGAUGCUGAAGGACGAGGUGCGCACACUCACCUACCGCAACUCCAUGUUCCACAACCGCCAUCUCUUCAAGGACAAAGUGGUGCUCGACGUGGGCAGCGGCACCGGCAUCCUCUGCAUGUUCGCCGCCAAGGCCGGCGCCCGGCGCGUCAUCGGGAUCGAGUGCUCCAGUAUCUCCGAUUACGCCGUCAAGAUCGUCAAAGCCAACAAACUGGAUCACGUGGUUUCCAUCAUCAAGGGGAAGGUGGAGGAGGUGGAGCUGCCGGUGGAGAAGGUCGACAUCAUCAUCAGCGAGUGGAUGGGUUACUGCCUCUUCUACGAGUCUAUGCUCAACACCGUCAUCUACGCCCGCGACAAAUGGCUGACGCCCGACGGCCUCAUCUUCCCCGACCGUGCCACGCUCUACGUGACGGCCAUCGAGGACCGCCAGUACAAGGACUACAAAAUCCACUGGUGGGAGAACGUGUACGGCUUCGACAUGUCCUGCAUCAAGGACGUGGCCAUCAAGGAGCCCCUGGUUGACGUCGUCGACCCCAAGCAGCUCGUUACCAACGCCUGCUUAAUUAAGGAGGUGGACAUCUACACGGUGAAGGUGGAGGAGCUGACGUUCACGGCGCCGUUCUGCCUUCAGGUGAAGCGCAACGACUACGUCCACGCGCUCGUCGCCUACUUCAACAUCGAGUUCACGCGGUGCCACAAGCGCACGGGAUUCUCCACCAGCCCCGAGUCGCCGUACACGCACUGGAAGCAGACGGUGUUCUACAUGGAGGAUUAUCUGACGGUCAAGAGCGGCGAAGAGAUCUUCGGCACUAUCACCAUGAAACCCAACGCCAAGAACAACCGCGACCUCGACUUCACCAUCGACCUCGACUUCAAGGGGCAGCUCUGUGAGCUCUCGUGCUCCACCGACUAUCGCAUGCGCUAAGGGGGCCCCAAACCCCCCCGGGAACCCCAAAACCCCCCUGGGAUCCCCAGGAGCCCCUAAAUUCCCCCUGGGACUCCCAAUCCCCUCCCCAGGACCUCUUGAGGACCCCAAAACACCCCUCUGGGGAUCCCUCAGACCCCCCCGGGAACCCCAACCUUCCCCCCAGGGCCCCCCCAGGACCUCCUGAUACC